AUGACCCACGAGCAUGGGACUGUGCCUCCGUUAUUGCUUUUGGAGCGAUUUCAUGAACUGGGUGCCCCCGAAUUGAGCCACCGCGACCUUGAGCGUCUCAAUAAAGGCCGCUUCGGAGAUGCCAUGUUGUUUCUAUGUGAGCACAUGCGUGGGAGGGAAGAGACUCGUAACGCACGGAGACGGCUGCACAAUUUGGAAGAGGACAGGCAUAAAUCCUCUCUCCGCGCCCCCCAAAUUAAUAGUGCCAUUGCUGAUGUUAAGAAAUCUCAAUCGAGCAUGAUAGGAGCCAGACACGAGGUGACUGACCUACACGCUUCCAUCGAUAAGCGUCAGAAAGCGCUCAGUGAACUAGAUAAUGAGAUAUCUAGCCUGAGACAGCGCAUACAAGAUAAGCGGGCUAUUGAUCUCAUGCUGAAUUUACUGGAGAAGAAAGCAGUGAUUCGGGUGCAGCGGUUGCAGGGUCUCACGGAGCUGUUAGAAAAAUUGCGGAAAGAUGUAUCUCAACGACCGACCCAGGACGUGCCCGAGACGCCCUCAGCCUUGACGGAGGUUGCUGACCCGACGCCUACUGCUUCACAAAUGAGAGACACCCUUUCAGUUCUCCGAGCGCACCAUGUCCAUCUUUCAAAAUCCGAUCUGCCGAAGGUGAAAGUAGAGGUUGAGGUGCGGCUACGCCGCUCCAUCGCUCGGAUUCUCCAUAGUCCUGAGGACAGUAAGGAAGUACGGCUGACAACGGAAAAGGUGGUACAUGCCGCCGAAAUAAGGGCGUUAAAGAAACUGGCGGCCGCAACCGCCUCCGCAGAACUCUCAAAAGCACGCGCCGACGAGCUCGCGUCCGGUAUAAUCUCGAAACAAGCCAAACUUCAGAGACUGUCUGACACGACCCUGGCGCUCGCCCACCUAUCCGCUGAACACGCCGUCUUCAUAUCUACCUUCGCCGAAUCGACCUCGCGAGCUCUACACUCCUCACUGGAAGCUGAAAGCAAGGCUGUAACAGGCCACGUUGACGUGCUACAGUGGGAUAUCUCGAAGGCGAGAUCUCUGCCGAAACCUAACUCCUUCAGAACCGAGAUCUGCCAGGUGCUAGGGCUCCCGGAGCGCACGACUUCUGAGAUGCUCCUGACAGCCGUGGAGAAGCUGGCCCGACAAGAGGAAGAAGCUGUACUUGCCGGGCACGGGGCAGACGAGAAACGCGUACUGGAUCAUUCGACUCAGCUUCUCACAAGGAAGAUCGAGAAGGCUAAGAAGGGAGAAGCACUUGUCAAGGACGUCAAGAAGACUGUGCGCGAAGCGGAUAAGAUCGCGUCUCUCGCCCGAUGACGGAGGGCCGCCCCAUUGUCUUUUUACAUUAUCAGGCCACAAGCUGGGGUCGAUGUACUGCGCUAUCGGACGGAGCAAUUGUAACAGGUGUG